GCCUGCGCAUCUCAGUUUGAAAAUAAUUUAAAGCGCCGCAUUUGCACGUUUACAUAGAUUAAUAUAUCAUCUGAACUGCCACAUUCAUUGCAGGAUUCAUGAUUACUGUGAAAGCGAAUAGUGUAAAUGUUUGUGAACAGGAGCCUCGUCUGGUCAGUCUGAUUACAAAUCCACACGUGAGCUCUGCAGCAUUUGAACAGCAAGUAACAAGUCCUAACUGAUCAUCAACCUCUCAACAUAGCUAGAAGUCACUUCGCACAUCUAAUUCAAUUUUGCUUUUAUAGUUUCAAGUACCUAGCUACAUUUGAUAAGUGAAAACACCUGAAACUCUUCACUUUGGUUCCCUCUUAUAGACUCCCGUGAUAGGAGUCAAACAAGGCCGGCCAUGAGUUUUGUAGAGUAUUCAGAGUUUAUCCAGGAGGGCGAUGUUGCAAUUAUCUUCCUGGGUCAUGACUCGAUGAUGCCGGUCAAGGUGCAGCAGGGUGCCCAAACACAAACACGCUACGGAGUCAUCCGCCACUCCAAAGACCUGAUAGGCCAGCGCUUUGGCACCAAGGUCACCUGCAGCAAAGGUGGCUGGGUCUAUGUGCUGCACCCCACCCCUGAGUUGUGGACCCUCAACCUGCCCCACCGCACCCAGAUCCUCUACACAACAGACAUUGCCAACAUCACCAUGAUGCUGGAGCUCAAGCCUGGCUCUGUCGUCUGUGAAUCAGGCACGGGCAGCGGCUCUCUGUCCCACGCCAUCCUGCGCACCAUCGCGCCUACUGGUCACCUACACACUGUGGAGUUCCACCAGCAGCGUGCUGAGAAGGCGGCUGAGGAGUUCAGGGAGCACCGCGUAGGCCACCUGGUCACCGUCCGCAACCAGGACGUCUGCAAGGAGGGCUUUGGAGUGACGGGGGUUGCAGACGCUGUCUUCCUGGACAUCCCCUCCCCUUGGGAGGCCGUCAAACAUGCCAGGAACACCAUGAAGAGGCAGGGGGGGCGUGUGUGCUCCUUCUCCCCGUGUAUUGAGCAGGUGCAGAAGACGGUUGAGGCGCUGGCUGAUGAGGGUUUCCAGGAGAUCAGCACUCUAGAGGUUCUGCUGAGGGUGCAUGACGUGCGCUCCAUCACACUCCCUUUGCCGGACUUUGGGUCCGACCAGCCCUUGGAGACCCCGACUGACACCCCAGUCCCUAGCAAUGCUUCCGUUCUCUGUAAGACAACCACGCCGCCCAGGGACAUGGCAGGGCACACUGGCUACCUUACCUUCGCCACCAAACCCUCUGUGUAGAGGACUGACUGCUGGAGGUUGGAGUGGGCAGAGACUGUUGUCUAGGAGGCUAUGGCUGGGGAACUCCACAAGGUCUAAAUGCAGUGCUGAUGACUUGGGACAUAACCUGACCCGGGUGGAAAACCUGCUCAGACUGAUUUACUGUACUUUCCCUUCCUCUCCACUGCUCAGCUAAAACUCUACAUUUCAGUCGACAGCUGACAUCCUUUUGGAGAGAGACAUGAUUGAGAAAUUGCUGCUGUUUUAGGCUAUUUCCAGUCUUUCGUAGACUUUGAAUGUAUACACACAAACCCACACAUCCCUAACACACACUAACAGAGGGAGGGAAGAGCAGGCUAAGUGGGAUUCUAUAAAUAGGCUGCUGAUUGCUGAGGGUCUCUUCACAGGGCUGUGAAGAGAUGUCAGAGGUUCACUCUUAAUCUGUCAUGUACAAUCGCUCUAAGCAUGCUACUGAUAUGUUCUUGCAUCAUUCAGGAUUGAAAUAAUAGUAUCUUAUCCCCCAUUGUUACCCAGUUUCUCUCUUUGGAGGACAAUUUUUGGUUGUUGCAAUUUUUACAUUUGUAGAAUGGUGGGAGAAAUUGUGUUUUGUCUCAGCUGGGGGGGAUGCUGUAACAAGGCUAAAUAAACGCCUUACUGUUCUUCCUA